GCACUAUGGAAUUGUGCAUCUGCUGCUCCCUCCUUCCUGUCCUCCUUUCUGCCCCUUCUCAAAACACCUCCCCUUCAGAGGUGUUUUGCCAGCAGCUCUGUGGAGUUUCUCAGGCAUCUCAUGAUGGUUAUUAUCUUCUCAGCUCUACCCUCACGGUUAUCCAUACUCUUCCAGGGCCAGCAGAAGAUGAUCACAUCCCAGGGAUCAUUGUCAUUCAGGGAUGUUACUGUGGGCUUCACUCAGGAGGAGUGGCAGCACCUGAACCUUGCUCAGAGGACCCUGUACAGGGAUGUGAUGUUGGAGAACUAUAGCCAUCUUGUCUCAGUGGGGUAUUCCAUUGAUAAACCAGAAGUGAUCCUCAAAUUGGAGCAAGGAGAGGAGCCAUGGAUAUUAGAGGAAGCGUUCCCAAGCCAGAGUGACCCAGAAUUAAUUAAUAGCAAUAGAAACAAUUCAAGAAAGAAGUUGAAUGAGUUUAACAAAGGUAGAAAUUGGCUCCAUAAUGAUAAGUAUGAAAGAAUUCAUUCUGAAGAGAAACUUUAUGAAUAUAAUAAAAAUGGGAACGACCACCUUAAUGAAGACUUUAUUCACCAUCAGAAAAUUCAAAUUUUGGAGCAACCUUUUGAAUACAGCGAAUGUAGAAAAGCUUUCCAUGAGAAUUCACUCUUUGUUGUACAUAAGAAACCUUAUACAGGAAAGAACACCUGUGAAUACUCUGAAUAUGGGAAGAUCUUCUGUGAUAUGUCAUCUCUCCUUGCUCAUCGGAGAACACAUCCAAGAGGGAGUCACUGUGAAUUUAAUGAAUGUGGAGAAAAUUUCUUGGAAGAAUCCAUUCUCUUUGAGCACCAGAGUGCUCAGCCUUUCAGCCAGAAGUCAAACCUCAUUCCAAUUCAGAGAAACCACUCAAUUGACAAUAUACUUGAAUAUAAUGAACACGGAACAUUUUUCAAUGAAAAGUUAGUCUUUGGUGUACAACAGAGAACACAUACAGGAGAAAAACCUUAUGAAUGUCAUGAAUGUGGAAAAACCUUCAACCAGAAGUCAGCCCACACAAGACAUCAGAGAACACACACAGGGGAAAAAUCUUGUGAAUGUCAUGAAUGUGGAAAAACUUUUUAUAAAAAUUCUGACCUCAUUAAACACCGGAGAAUUCACACAGGGGAAAAACCUUUUGAAUGUCAGGAAUGUGGGAAAUCUUUCAGUGAAAAGUCUACCCUCACUCAACAUCGGAGAACACACACAGGGGAGAAACCUUAUGAAUGUCUUGAAUGUGGGAAAGCUUUCUCAUUUAAGUCUGUCCUUACUGUACAUCAAAAAACACACACAGGGGAGAAGCCUUAUGAAUGUUAUGAAUGUAGGAAGGCCUUUCUCAGAAAAUCAGACCUCAUUAAACAUCAAAGAACUCACACGGGGGAAAAACCUUAUGAAUGUAAUGAAUGUGGGAAAUCCUUCUCUGAGAAGUCAACCCUUACCAAACACCUGAGAACUCACACAGAGAGUGAGCAAGCAAGUAGAAGUGGCAGAGGAAGAGAAUCAUCAGACUCACUGCUGAGUGGACAACUCACCGUGGGGCUUGAUCUCAUGACCCUGAGAUCAAGACCUGAGCUGAAACCAAGAGUUUGAUGCUCAACCAACAAAACCACCCGGACUGCAGCUAUUUUUAAAUAAAAACAAAGGAAGAGUAGAUACUAUUAGAACAGUUGACAGAAUUCAGUGUAUGGAUUGGGUGGUGAUGUUUAUCUCUUUUUAAAAAGAUUUUAUUUAUUCAUGAGAGACAGAGAGGCAGAGACACAGGGUGAGAGAGAAGCAGGCUCCACUCAGGGAGCCUGAUAUGGGACUCAAUUCCAGGAUUCUGGAGUCACGCCCUGAGCCAAAGGCCGUUGAUCAACUGCUGAGCCACCCAGGCAUCCCAGUCAGUAUUUAUCUCUUGACUUGGAUGAUUAUUGGGUGGUUCUGUAGGAUAACGCCUCUGGGGGAAAUACACUCUGGAGUGUGUAGGGGUAAUGGAGUUUCAUGUCUGCAGCUUAUUUUCAAAUGGCUUUAGAGAAAGACUAAUAAGUGUGUGUGUGUGUGUGUGUAUAGAGUGCGAGUAUGCAAGGGACAGAUGGAGGAGAUACAGUGCAUUUAGGAGAAUCUGAGGGGACAUGGGAAUUUUUUGGUAUGUAUAUGACUUAUAAGUGAAAUUAUUUUGGAAUAAAUAUUUACAAGUUUAAGUUAAUUGACAUAACCUACCACAUCGGUAGAAAAAGUGAAGCCACUUUAUUAUUUAAAUAGAUGGCAGAAAAUAUAUUUGAUUAAGCUUUACACCCAUUCAUGACUAAAAAAAUUAGGACUGAAAGGGAAGCUCAUUAAAAAUAAAAGGAAAUCAACAUACAACAAAUAUCAUACUAAGAAGAUAAAUACUGAAAUAGCUCUUCCUAGUAUUAAUGAGACAAGAAUGCUUGGUACCUCUUCUAUUUAACAUAGGACUGAAGGCUCUAGCUUACCAAUAAGGCAAAAGGAAAAAAGUUUAAGACAUUAAGUGGGGAAGACUGAAGUAUAGCUCAUUAUUGGUAGGUGGUAUCAUUGCAUAGAAAUGUGAAAAAUAUCUAUGAAGACAUUAUGAGAAUGAUUUGGCAAACUCACUGUAGAAAAAUUGUUUAUCAAAAAAAAAAGAAAAAUUGUUUAUCUAUAUAAAUUGCAAAUAGAAAAUAAACUAAGUGAUACCAGGACAGUUGAAUCCACUCAGGACAAGAUAGCAGAUUUACCUGCUGCCUAAAAACACAGGGGAGAAAGGAAACAUAGUUAAUUGUUUUCAUGUCAGUGGACAUCAGGCAAUACAGGGGCAGUGAUCCUUGCUGGUGAUGGGUAGGCUCACUAUAUGGUGGUGAUGAUUAUACAGGUGUGUUUAUCAAAUUAUAUCAAGAUGUAUACUUUAACUGUUGUUAAAUUGCUGUUAGGUUUACAUUAGUCCUAAGAAAGUAAGUUCUAGAAAUCCAAAAACUGCAUCACCAAAUUCAGGGACAUUAAAGACCAAUAUAAGUGGAGGGAAUGAGCAAAUCUGAAUUUAAAACAUGCAGAUGCAAUGAUUAACUGUAGCUAAGACAACCUGAAAAUAGAAAAAUAAACCUACCAGACUUAGAUUGCUAGAUAUCAAGACUGGUAUAGGCACAAGCAUAAACAAUGUCCAGAAACAGUCCCCAAUAUAUUCAUGUAUUAAAAAGAUGGUAUUUUUGAUAAAUGGUGCUGGGUUAAUUGGCUCUCUAUAUGCAUAAGAGGAAUAUUUUGACUAUAGCCACCCACCAUACACAGAAACUCGUUUUGUAUGGAUUGUACAUCUAAAUGUAAAACAAUACAGUAGCACUUUUAGAAGAAAAUAUAUGUGAACAUAUGGCUAAGACACCCUAAACAAGAAACAAAAACCAUAGAUAAAUUAGGCUAUGUUAGAAUUAAGAGCUGUGGGACUCCUGGGUGGCUCAGUGGUUGAGCAUCUGCCUUUGGGUGUGGUCAUGAUCCCUGGGUCGAGUUCUGCAUCAGACUCCCCUUGAGAAGCCUGCUUCUCCUCCCUCUGCCUGAGAGAGGCAGAGACACAGGCAAAGGGAGGAGAAGCAGGCUCCAUGCAAGGAGCCCAAUGUGGGACUCGAUUCUGGGGUCAGGCCAUGAGCCAAAGGCAGAUGCUCAACUGCUGAGCCACCAGACAUCCCUAUGUAAAAUAUUUUUUAAAAAAGAAUUAAGAACUGCUGUUGUUAAAAAAACAGAAACGAAAAAUACAUGGCUAAAAGUGAGUCACAGACUCAGAGAAUAUAAUUGCAAUGCUUAUAUCAAACAAAGCACUAUUCUACAUAAUAUAAAAAGAACUCCAAGUGAGUAAGAAAAAAAAUGAGCAGCAGAUGGAACAUAAUUGACAGUAUAUUUAAAUGACCGGUAAGUAUGGAAAGUUGUUCAAUUUCAUUAGUCAUCAAGUAAAGACAAAUUCUAACAAAAAUGUUAUACCACAGCUACCGCAGCAUACAGAAGGGCUACAGUGAUAGAACACCAAACUGAUGAAGACCUGAAGCAACUGAGACUAAUACAAGUUUGGUGGGAAUGUAAGUUGUGCACUUUGGAAAAUAGGCUUUUUGUACUAAAGCUGGACAUACAUGUAAAUUUUGGCUGUGUAAUUAUACUUCUAGGCAUAUAUCCAACAGAAAUACGUGUUUACUAGAAGUAGUAGUUAGUAGUAGUGGUAGUAGUAUUCUCAAUAGCCCGGAAGUAGUAACCGCACAAGUGGCCACCAACACUAAACUGCAUACAUAAAUUGCGCUUUUCUUCCAGUGCUGUAUUCUAUAGCAGUAGGAAUGAAUGAAACACAAUUGUAUGCAUGCAAAAGAACACAGAAGAGUAAGUGCUAUGUUUUUUCAUUCAAGAAGCAGAUAAAUGUAAUACUUGGUGUUAGAAGUUGGAAUGAUGGUUUUUGGAUGAGGGCAGUUUGCAGAGAUUGACGUAAGGGGGCUCCUCUGGUGCUAAUAGUAUUCUUUUUAGCUCAGUAUUGUAGUUGUAUUCAUUUUACAAAAUUUAUUACUUGUGAAUUUUUAUUUAAAUAUAUUCAUGUUUGAGCAUAAAUGUUCCUUAAUAAAAGCAGAAAGUCUGGCAUUUUUAAAAAGGUUUUAUUUAUUUAUUCAUGAUAGACAUAGAGAGAGGCAGAGACAUAGACAAAGGGAGAAGCAGACUCCAUGCAGGGAGCCUGACGUGGGACUUGAUCCCGGGACUCCCAGAUGCGCCCUGGGCCAAAGGCAGGCGCCAAACCACUGAGCCACCCAGGGAUCCCCAAAAGUCUGGCAUUGUUUGCUCUCUGCUUAGAUUCCUCCAGCAGCUUCUUUAAAAAAACAUACAAGAGAAUAAUUAGGACAACAGCAGUAAGCACGUGUGUCAAGAAUCCCUGUGGGGGAAAAAUGAAGAAUCCCUGUGUAAUAAGUGUAUAUAUAUGAGUUUAAUACCGAAAAUAUUUUGUUCCCUUUGCUAUGUGACCAAUAACAAAAGUAUUCCAUAGUAAAAGCUAACAAAUUAAUUUUAUGCAAUAUACAUCUUAAGUGAAAUAAUACUCCACAAUUUUAUCAUAUCUUAUACCUGUUCUCUCAGUUUCCUGGCUUAUAAAAGUGGAUAUGGCCAGUGUUUUGUAUUAAUUCUUCAAUAAAGAAUUCAAACAUCAUGUUUAUGAAGUUUUCACCUGCCUUAGAGUCCACAAGUGGGUGUAAUGAAAAUACUAAUUACACAAAAUAAGCAAUAUCAAGUCAGUUAUUGAAAGCAGGUGUGAACAGUGCUACUUGAACUCAACACAGUAUUGCUUUCCAUUACAUGAAGAAAAUAUGCAGCCAAAAUAUUCAGAUGAGAAAUCUACUUAGGUACUAUGUAUUGCAUAGCCAAAGUGUAACAGGAACUAUCUACUAUGAUGCUGUAUAUACAUAUUUUGUCUUAUCCCUUACUUCCCAAUAUAAGGGAGGCUGUAGAAUUAGAUGCCAGAUUGCCUGGGAUCUUAUUAUAUUGUCUGGCCCUAUCACUUAAUAGAUUUGAAACAAAUUACUGUCUGUACUUAGAGUCUCAUCUGUAAAAUGGGGACAUUAAUAGUGGCUAGCUCAUAGGGGCAAUUUAAUAUGAGUGUUAUUCUUUUAUAUCUUAAAUUAACUUCCAAACAAUUGGUAGGUUCUUAGAGACUGUACCCAACACUCAUUUUUCCCUCGAUGGCAGAGCCUUAACUUGUUUUUCACCUUAGCCUUGGAAGGUCCAGAGGUAAAGGUUGAUUGGAUUAAGCCAGUCACAAGACAUUCCGCUCAGAGAUUUGUUUGGGAUCAGCACAUGUUCUAGUUCUCUCCAGCGUUGUUUGCAGAUGUGUUCUGAAAACUUCUGGAAAUGAUUUCCUUCUUGCCCAGCUGAAAUGUUUUAUGUCUGGACUUGACAAUUCUGUCUUGCAACUCGAAGAAGAACAUUGUGGACUGAGGAUGGUAGAGCAGAGUGAAGUGUUCAUGAGGAUGUUAUUGAGCUGCCUGUUCUAACAGUUCUGCAGUGAGAGGUUGUGUUCAGCAGUAGGCAGAGUACUGGAGGAGUGUCCCUGCUGAGGCCAGGCCACAGAAUAGGCAAACAGGCUGGCAAAACUCUUGCUUGGGGAGCUGGCCAGGCAGAACUUGAGUGCCCCAAGUUUUCUGGUCAAAUGGAGCUAGUGUCCUCACUCUGCAGAUGUGUAGUGGCUGGCUGUGAUCUCCAUUCAAGUGUCAUGGGGUUAGGCAGCUUCCCCGUGCUCACGUUAGGCCUUUUCAUCCGGUGGGGUGGGCCCUGCACUCAGUAGUUUUAUAUUAGCUCCCCUGGCUGAGUGGAAGGGGAACCAGCUCCAAGCCCUGCAAUGCUGUUUUUGUGUGUGUGGUCUUAGGCUUGUUCUGUGGUGGUACAAAUUCCCUAACAAUGCUAGUUUAAAAGUUAAAAAAAAAAAAAAAAAAACUUAGUAAAAGUAACCAUGAAUACAAUAACCUUAUAUUGUAUAUACAAUAUAAAAAAAUAUAUACACUAUAACAUCAAUAAUGGGAAAGUCCAAGAGAGGAGAAGUAAAAGUAUAAAGCUUAGGAAUGCUGUUGAAUUUGUUAUCAGUUUAAAAUAGACUGUUGUAAUUUUAAGAUACCACAAGGGAAAACCUAGCAUUUACACAAAAGAACAUGAUAAAGCAUACUGACCAAAAGACAUCAAAACACAAAUGGAUAAGAAGAAACAAAGGAUCUACAAAAGAGUCCGAAAACAGUGAACAAAAUGGCAAUUGUAAGCCCCUACCUUUUAAUACUUACUUUAAAGAUGGCUUCUUCAAAGACAUAGAAUGAUUGAACGGAUAAAACAAUUCCACAAUAUGUUGCCUACUAGAGACUCUAGCAUUAAGACAUAUACAAAUAGAGAGCGAAGGUCUCUAUAUGCAAAUGGUAACCAAAAAUAGCAGAGGUAGUUAGACAAAAUCAAGUUUAAAAACAGUAAAAAGAGAAAAUAUAUAAUGUUAAAGGCAUCAACUCAUCAAGAAGAUAUUUGUAUAUAUUUAUGUGCCAAACAAAUACAUAAAGUAAAAUUAACAGAGCUAAAAGGAAAAAUAAACAGCAAUACAAUAAUAUUAGGGGACUUUAUUACCCUUCUCUCAAAAAGGAUAAAUCAUCCAGAGGGAGAAUCAGUCAUUAAGUAGCAGGUUUGAAUAUUACAAUAUAUGAAAUGGACCUAAUGAACAUAUAUAGAGGAUUCUAUCCAACAACAGCAGAAUUACACAUUCUCAAGCCCAUAUGUAACAUUUUCUAGGGUAGGCCAUAAGUUAGCCCACAAAACAAGUCUUAGCAACAAGAAGAUUGGAAUCAUACCAAAUAUCUCCUCUGACUACAACAGUAUGAAUAAUUUUAAAAAUCACGAAUACACGGAAAUUGAACAACACUCUCAAAAACUAGUGUAUGAAAGAAUAAAUUAAAUGGGUAAAAUAGUAUCUUGAGACAAAUGAAAAUGGAAAGACAACACACCAAAACAAACCAAUACAUAUCCUCCUCAAACUAUUCCAAAAAACAGAAGAAGGAAUGCUUCCUGAUUCAUUCUAUGAGGCCAUACCAAAGCCAGAAAAGGGCACUACAACAAAAGAAAAUGAUAGGCCAAUAUUUCUGAUGAAUACAGAUACAAAAAUCCUCCAUAAAAUAUCAACAAACCAAAUUCAGCAGCACACUGAAAGGAUCUUUUACCAUGUUCAAGUGAGAUUUAUCCCUAGAGUGCAAGGAUGAUUCAGCAUAUGCAUAUCAAUAAAGGUGAAACAACACAUUAAAAGAACAAAAUUUAAAAAAUCAUAUCAUCUCAAAAAUGAAGAAAAAUGAUUUGACAAAAUUUCACAUCUGUUCCUGAUAAAAUCUAACAAUUAUAAAAGGAACAUAUCUCAACAUAGUAAAGGCUGUAUAUGACAAGCCCAUAACUAAUAUCAUACUCAUUGGUGGAAGUCUGAAAGCUUUUCCUCUAAGGUCAGAAAGAAGAGGUGUGCCCUGACAUCACUCAUAUUUAACAUAGUACCGGAAGAGCAUUUAGGCAAGGAGAAGGAAGAAAAGGUAUCAGAAUAGGACUGGAGGAAGUAAAAUUGUCUAUAUUUGCAGAUGAUAAUUUUAUAUAGAGAAAAUCCUAUAGACUCCACCAAAAUAUUGUUAAAGAUUUCAGGGAAGUUGCAGGAUACAAAAUUAGCAUUUUGAUACACUAAAAACAAAUUUUCAAAAAUAAAACUCUGCUAUACACAGCAUCAAAAACAGUAAAAUACCUAGGAAUAAAUUUGACCAAAGAGAUGAAAGGUUUUUUUUACUGAAAACUGUUAAGACACUGAUGAAAGAAAUUGGAAAAAAAAAAAACCCACAAAUGAAUGGAAAGGCAUUCCAUUCAUACAAGCAUGAAUUGAUACAAGCAUGAAUAUUUUUGGCUUCCAUAGUAAUCAAAGCCAUCUAUAAAUUCAGUGCAAUUCCUAUCAAGAUCCCAAAGGAAAUUUAAACAGAAAAAAAAAUUAUCCUAAAAUUUUGUAUGGAGCAGCUAAACACCCUGAAUAACAAAAGCAAUACUGUGGGAGGUUAACACUUCCUGAUUUCAAGCCAUGUUAUAAGGCUAAGAUGAUCAAAAUAGUAUGGUGUCUAUUUCUACAGACAUAGAAAUAAAUUAAGAGCUCAGAUGUAAACCCAUGCCUAUACAGUCAACUAAUAUUUGACAGGGGAGCCACGAAUAGUCCAUGGAGAAAAGACAGUCUCUUCAAAUAGUGCUGAGAAAAUUGGACAUUCAAGGGUAAAAGAAUGAAACAACCCCUAUAUUACACUGCUCAUGAAGAUGAACUCAAAAUGGAUUAAAGACUUAAAUGCAAGACCAGAUACCAUACAAUUCCUAGAAGAAAACAUAUAGAUAAAAAGUUCUUUAAUAUUAGUCUUGGUGAUGAUUAUUUUUGAUAUGACCACCUAAAAAGCACAAGUAACAAAAAUAAACAAGUGGGACUGUCUUGAACUAAAAAGCUCUGCACAACAAAAGAAAUGGUCAACAAAAUGGAAAGACAAUCUAUAGAAUGGGAAAAAAUAUUUGUAAACCAUAUAUUUGAUGAAGGGUUAACAUCUGAAAGAUAUAAAGAACUCAUGCAAUUCAACAGAAAAAAAUUUAAAUUAAAAAAUGGGCAAAGGGGGACACCUGGGUGGCUCAGUGGUUGAAUGUCUGCCUUUGGUGGCUCAGGGUGUGAUCCCGGGAUCCAGGGAUUGAGUCUCGCAUCAGGCUCCCCCGGGGAGCCUGCUUCUCCCUCUGCCUGUUCUCUGUCUCUCUCUCUAGUGAAAAAAUAAAUAAGUAAAAUCUUUAAAAAAAAAUAGACAAAGGAUCUGAGUGAGCACUUUUCCAAAGAAGAUAUCCAAAUGGCUAACAGGUAAUAUCACCAAUCACUAGAGAAGUGCCAAUGGAAAUCACUUGUUAGAUUGUGCUUGUUAGAGUGAUCAGAAGAAAAAAAUAAUACUGAGGGGGUGGGGAAAAGGGAAACUUUUGCAUUGCUGGUGGGACUGUAACUUGGUGCAGACACUGUAGAAAAUAGGAUGAAGAUUCCUCAAAAGAUUACAAAUACAACUACCAUAUGAUUAGGUCAUUCUACCUCUGAGAACACAUCUGAAGGAAACAAAAUGUCAAUGAGAUAUCUCACUCCAUGUCAGGUGUGGCAUACCUACAAUUGCUAAGACAUGGAAACAACCCCAGUGUUUACCGACAGAUGAAUGGAAAGAGAAGAUGUGGUACACACAUACACACAUACAUAGUAGAAUAUUCAGCCAUAAAAAAGAAGGAAAUCCUGCCACUUGUGACAACUUAGGUAGACUUUGAAGGCAUUAUGCUAUGUGAAGUGAGACAGAGAAGGACAAAUGUAUGAUCUCACUUAUAUGCGUAAUCUAAAAACCAAGCAAAAACAAAUGAAAAACUACUUGUAGAAAAAUAAUUCAGAUUUGUGGUCACCUGAGGUGGUGGGUAGAGGAUGUGAGAAUUGGAUGAAAGUGAUCAAAAUGUAUAAACUGUACAUUAUAAAUUAAAUACUGGGUAUGGAAUGUUCAAUAUGAUAACUAAUUAGCUCUGCCAUAUGGUAUACAUGAAAAUUAUUAAGAGAGUAGAUCCUAAGAGUUCUUAUCACAAGGAAAAUUAUUUUCUUUUGUAUCUAUAUGAGAUGAUGGAUGUUAACUUACUAUGAUAAUUCAUCAUAUAUAUGUAUGUAUAUAUACCUGUAUGCCAGGUUAUGCAGUACACACACCUUAAAUUUAUACCAUACAGUGAGUGUAUCAAUUAAAUCUCAAUAAAGUUGGGGGAAAAACACAUAAAGUAAAGGUGUUUAUGAAAGUGGAAUCUGUAUUCUAUCAUAGGGAGUGUCAUUUAGUGGAAAGGAUGUGAUAGACAUUCUGUAAUGCAUUAGAGAAAUGUCUAAAACUUAUGUAAUUGUGAUAGUUUUAUGAGGGCACAGGUAACCUACUCUGACAAGAGUGUUAUUUAAGGGAACAGGUGUGAUAGCUAUAUCAAUGACACAUUAAGGUAAUUUUUUUAAAGUAAUGGAGAUGGUUAUAGUGCUAGGUGUCUGUUACUUUGAGAAGAAUAUUAUUUCAAGGAAUGGACAUGAUAACCUUUCAGAAUGCAUUUAAAGAAGUGUUUGAAAUACAUAAUAAAAAUGGUUAUAAGAGUAAUGUGACUUUGAGUAUAUUAAGAAAUUGACAUUUUAAACAUUCUGUACAUUAUAUAGGGAAGUGUUUAAAUAGACAUAAAAAUCAUUAUUAGAGUGAUACAUAAAUCACUGAGAGGAUUGUUAUUUGAGUGCAUAGAUGUAAUAUCCAACCUGUAAGGCAUUUAAAAGAGAAAUAAAAACCAAAUGUAACUACUGUGGCUCUAAGA